AUGGUGGGAAACAUAGUAGAACAAUCAAAAACUCAUAUUGAUGAACAAGAGAGCUUUCCAAAUUCACCAUGUAAUUCGUCCAUUGAUGUCGUGAAUGAUUUUGAUGAAACAAGUUUUUCUGAAAAACGUACUGAAAAUCCAUCGUCUGGUAUUUUAUCUUUUGAAGAAGGACCAUCAUCAAAAAAAAAGAAGGGAAGAAAUGAUGUGAUGCAAGAUUUACUAGCAAUCGAAAAACAAAAACUUCUACAGUUCAAUACGAUACAGGCAAAUUCACAAAAAAAAAAUAAUGAUGAAGAUGAAGAUUUUCAUUUCCUUAUGAGUUUGUUGCCUCAUUUAAGAGAAAUACCAAAACACAGAAAGUUAGCUGUAAGGCUUAAACUUCAAAAUGUUGUAAUGGCAGAACAAACUGAAAAUACCACUGGAUCAAGUAAUACUUUUACUCCUUCAACAUUCUUUGUCAAUUCAUCGAUUCCCCCUAUAACCUCAUACUAUAUGAAUCAGCCCGAAUAUUCUUCAUCAAAUGGCCAGUCUAAUAUUAAGAACACUAUUCCUUGUGGUCAACCAAACUUAAAUCCUACAGCUGUAGAUAAUGCAUGUUUAUCUUCUUGGCCAAACAUUAACAACGAAUAA